UGUCCCCGUCAUUCCUCCCUCCUUCCUGCUUCCUCGGUGCUCGGGCGGACAUGAAGUCCACCGCGGCACUGUUGCUGGUGGUACUAGCCGCAGCCGCUCGCCUGCUGCCGUUGGCGCAAUGCGACGGGCCCAACCCGGAGAUCCGCAACACCGGCGGGCUGAGCCGGCAGGGCUUCCCGGCGGGGUUCGUCUUCGGGACGGCCGCGUCGGCGUACCAGGUGGAGGGCAUGGCGAGGCAGGGCGGCCGCGGGCCCAGCAUCUGGGACGCCUUCGCGGCCAUACCGGGGACGAUCGCCGGCAAUGGCUCCGCCGACGUGACGGUCGACGAGUACCAUAGGUACAAGGAGGAUGUGGGCAUAAUGAAGGACAUGGGCUUCGACGCGUACCGGUUCUCGAUCUCCUGGUCCAGGAUUUUCCCAGAUGGAACUGGGAAGGUGAACCAGGAAGGAGUGGACUACUACAACAGGCUCAUAGACUACAUGCUCCAGCAAGGCAUCACCCCGUAUGCAAACCUCUACCACUAUGACCUCCCGCUGGCGCUCCACCAGCAGUACCUAGGCUGGCUAAGCCCAAAGAUUGUGGGCGCGUUUGCGGACUAUGCCGAGUUCUGCUUCAAGGUGUUUGGAGACAGGGUGAAGAACUGGUUUACCUUUAACGAGCCGAGGGUCGUCGCCGCUCUGGGGUAUGACAAUGGCUUGCAUGCGCCGGGGAGGUGUUCCAAGUGCCCUGCAGGAGGCGACUCCAGGACUGAGCCAUACAUUGUCACACACAAUAUAAUCCUUUCGCACGCCGCGGCAGUGCAGCGAUACCGCGAGAAGUAUCAGCCUCACCAGAAGGGGAGGAUUGGGAUUCUCUUGGAUUUCGUGUGGUACGAACCUCACAGCGACAGCAACGCGGAUCAAGCUGCGGCGCAGAGGGCAAGGGACUUCCACAUUGGAUGGUUCCUCGACCCCAUUACCAAUGGUCGCUAUCCAUCGUCGAUGCUCAAGAUUGUCAGUAACAGGUUGCCGGGCUUCAGUGCCGACGAGUCCAGGAUGGUGAAAGGCUCCAUUGACUAUGUUGGUAUCAACCAGUACACUUCUUACUACAUGAAGGACCCUGGGGCAUGGAACCAGACGCCGGUCAGUUACCAGGAUGAUUGGCAUGUUGGAUUUGUUUACGAACGAAACGGUGUGCCGAUUGGACCUCGUGCAAACUCUGACUGGCUUUACAUUGUGCCAUGGGGAAUGAACAAGGCUGUGACCUAUGUUAAAGAAAGAUAUGGAAAUCCUACGAUGAUCCUUUCUGAAAACGGAAUGGACCAGCCAGGAAAUGUCAGCAUCGCUGACGGUGUACAUGACACAGUAAGGAUCCGGUUCUACAGAGACUACAUAACCGAGCUCAAGAAGGCGAUAGACAAUGGAGCACGAGUGGUUGGGUACUUUGCUUGGUCUCUGCUUGACAACUUCGAGUGGAGACUCGGCUACACUGCCCGUUUCGGCAUCGUCUAUGUGGACUUCAAUACUCUGAAGAGGUACCCCAAGGACUCAGCCUUGUGGUUCAAGAACAUGCUCUCAGAGAAGAAGAGAGGCUAGGAUUGCAAACAAGAUCCGGGAGGAUCAGUUGCUCCAGCUUUCAGAAUAAAAUCAUAAUGUAACCAGUACCCCAAAAAUGAACCUCGGACUUAGCUUUAAGAAACUUGAAAUAAAAGGCCAUUGAGAUUGUGGCUUUGCCCGUCCUUAUAUAUAAUACAAUGCGAAGCAAAGACAUGUCUUCUAA